GUCGUGGCGGCGUACAUGGCGUCGCUGUCGUUCGGCCUCACGGGCACCUACUCGGCGCCUGCCCUGCAGGACAUCCGUAAGCACAUCCACUUCACCGAAGACGACACCGGAUGGUUCGGCGCGCUGGCUACCCUGGGUGCAGUCUUCGGAGGUCUGGUUGGAGGGCAGCUUGUGAACUGGCUGGGCCGCAAGGGUACGCUCCUCUUCUCAACGGCUUCGUUCACUUCUGGCUAUCUAUUCAUCAUCUUUGGACCAUCCACCAUCAUGCUUUUUGCGGGCCGGUUCCUGACAGGCGUCGGCAUUGGAAUAGUGGCCCUCGCGGUGCCCGUGUUCAUCUCCGAGAUCUGCCCUGCAAACGUGCGGGGACUCCUAAACGCAGGAAGCAACAUGGUCCUCACCAUUGGUAACCUGAUCGUCUUCGUCUUGGGCAAAUGGCUCGACUACAAGUGGUUGGCUGCCUGCUGCCUCGCACCCAGCGUCAUCAUGGCAGCCACAUUGCCCUGGUGCAAUGAAUCACCGCGCUGGUUGCUGCAGAAAGGCCGCCGCAAGGCGGCCAUGGAGGCCCUGCAGUUCUAUGUGGGCACCGAGAUCGAGAAAGAGCUUGAGACUCUGGAGGCGAGCAUCAGCAACGUUGAAGUGUUCUCCUUGCACGACCUCACAUUGCCGCACGUUUACAGACCCUUUCUCUGCACACUCCUUCCUAUGUUCAUGCAGCAGUUUUCGGCGAUCUGCAUUAUUCUCUUCUUUGCGAACGACAUUUUCGCGGCCACCGGGACGUCCAUGUCUCCCGAAGACUGCACCAUCAUCGUCGGUGUCAUCCAGGUGGCCGUGCUGCUCGUGGCCACUCUCCUGAUAGAUCGACUAGGAAGAAAGGUCCUGCUGCUGUUUUCAACUGCCGUGACGAGCUUGAGCCUCGUCCUCCUAGGACUGUGCUUCGACUUCAGGAAGGCCCAAGGAGACGAGUUUCUCAAGUCCUACGGCUGGCUGCCAUUGGCCGUGCUCAGUGUGUACUUUGCCGGUUUCUCAAUGGGGUUGGGUCCCCUUCCGUGGGUCAUCCUGGGAGAGAUGCUGCCUCUUCGUGUCAAGGGCUUUGCCACUGGCAUCUGCACCGCCUUCGGCUUUUCUUGUGGCUUUGUGGUCGUCAAGGAGUACCAUGAUAUGCAGGAGUUCAUGGGAACCGAUGGCACAUACUGGAUGUUCGGCGCCGUUAUAGCCGCCUGUUUUUUUGCCGUCUUAUUUUUUGUGCCUGAAACAAAGGGCAAGAGUUUAGAAGAGAUUGAACACCUGUUUCAGAAGGCGUCUUCGUUUGAGGAUACAAAGAGAAGUAACGGAGCCGCGGUGGACAGGUUAAGGGCUUAG